AUGGCGGCUUCGCGUCGGCUCCGGGAUCUCCAGUCGCAGCUGGGCAACAAGAUCUGUGUGGACUGCUCGCAGAAGAAUCCCCAAUGGGCCUCCGUAUCCUAUGGCGUCUUCAUGUGCCUCGAGUGCUCCGGCAAACACCGUGGCCUCGGCGUUCAUAUCUCCUUCGUACGAUCGGUCACUAUGGAUUCGUGGUCGGAGAUCCAGCUCAAGAAAAUGGAACUCGGGGGAAAUGAUAAAUUAAAUCAAUUUAUGAUCCAGUACGGAAUCCCCAAGGAAACUGAAAUUAUAACGAAAUACAAUACCAAUGCCGCCUCUGUUUAUCGCGAUCGCAUCCAGGCCCUUGCUGAGGGCAAACCCUGGCGUGAUCCCCCUAUUGUUAAAGAAACUUUGAAAUCCAAUACUAUUAGCAAUAUUAGAACCAACAAUAAACCGCCGUUGAGUGGUGGUAGGAAUGAUAGUUUUGUGAAUAAUGGAGGAUGGGAUAAUUGGGAUAGUUAUGAUGACGGAGGGUCUACUAAUAGUAAUUCUAACAAUAUGAGGAGGAACAAUACUGUAGGGGACUUUAGGGGAGGUGGAAAUGUGGGCGGCGGCCCAGCAAAGUCGAAAUCCACUAAUAACAUUUAUUCUCAGACCCAAUUGGAGGCUUCAGCUGCCAAUAAGGAGGGCUUCUUUGCAAGGAAGAUUGCAGAGAAUGAGUCUCGGCCCGAGGGUCUCCCACCCUCCCAGGGUGGGAAGUAUGUCGGAUUUGGAUCGAGUCCAUCCAUGCCGAGGAACAGUUCUGAGCCGGAUGUUCUUUCCACUGUUACUCAGGGAUUUGGUAGGUUUUCGGUGGUGGCUGCCUCAGCUGCUCAGUCAGCUGCAAAUGUCGUUCAAGCAGGGACUAAGGAGUUCACUUCUAUGGUAAAAGAGGGAGGCUAUGAUUACAAGGUGAAUGAAACUGUCAAUGUUGUGACUGCAAAAACUUCAGAGAUUGGUCAGAAGACAUGGGGACUCAUGAAAGGAGUAAUGGCUUUGGCUUCACAGAAGGUUGAGGAGUACGCUAAAGAAAGCUCUAACUGGAAGAAUGAUGGCUGGCAACAAAAUGAAAACGAGAGAACUGGUUACUAUCAGGAGUUUGGACAGGAGUCUAAAGGAUGGAAUUCUUCUGCUGGAGCACAGCAAUCGUCUGCUCAACAAUUUAACUCUGCCAGUUCUGGUUCCUGGGAUGAUUGGGAUAGCAAAGACAGUAGGAAAGAAGAUUCGUCAAAGGGGACAUCAUCCCAGUAUGGGGAUAGCUGGGCAGGCUGGGAUGAUGCUAAAGAAGAUGGUUACGAUAAUUUUGAUCAAAAUGCAUCUGGUCACAAGACUGCAGGUUAUAAUGGAAAAUCAGGAAACAAGUGGACUGAGGGUGGUUUUCUUUAA